ACGAUGGCAUUUCGCUAUGGCUAAAAGACCGAGACAUGGACGCCCAAGAGUCGCAUGGGCGAGAUGGUCACGACGUACCGCGACCUCGUCCCGACCUCGACGACCAUCACAAGAGGAGUGCGCAUGGCGCUCGUCUACCGUCUCGGUAUGGUCGACUACAGCGUGGAUGAUUUCCCGAGGCCGUGCAACCUCAAUGACGGUAUCGACGCCUUCAAGCGCAUCGCACACAUGCCUCUUCACACGCUCCAGCGCAUUGCGGCCCCCGCCGACUUCCUGCGUUUUGAGUUUCUCGAAGGUCUUGACACAUCGUUGGUUGACAAGCUUUUGGCCACGGAGCCGUACGACACGGCGUUUGCUCAAGAGUCGCCCGAGGACGACGUCAGUGACGACUAUGACGACGAGGAGGACAAUGGGUACGAGCCCAAGAUUGAAAACGAAGUGGCCGUGUGCAUGCUGCACCCACGGUGUCAGAUCCACGCAGACGUUGUCGCGGCACGCAUUGGUAGCUGCGUGGACGCGGUUCUCAAUGACAGCACGCCGAUGGACUACCACUUGUUCGAGUGCCCGCCAGUCGCGCUCGUGUUUUGGCUUGAGAGAUAUCGGUGCACUCUGCUCGGUCUGGAUGCUGUGCUGCCUCUUGUGACAGAAUCCAUCGCCAACAACACCAUGGACCAGUAUGGCCGGCGCCGUCUUGCACCGGCCAUCUGCGGCCUUCUCUCUCGCUGGUACCAAGCGCCACCGUCUCGAAGCGCCUUCUUUGAAGACAUUCCUAUUGACAGCGCGCCGCGACUCCUCGCGAGUCUUGCGGGCAUCACCAAGGACGCAGUCUUUCCCCGAUUGGAUCAACCAUUUGUGUGCGAGCCGAUCAAGGGGUGCUACCACCACGCACUUGACCAGCAUCGGCUCCUCCCAGAGAACGACUCCAAUCCCGAGAUGCUCUGUUGGUUUGCGACCCACGUCGUCCUUCUCGACUGGUACAUCGACGAAGGUGCGCCGAAUGCGGCCGGCGGCAACUACCUCAGCACCUUCUUGCCGCCAAGUAUGAUUCUUGCGGUCGAAUCGUUUCUGUAUGUCCGUCAUCUCGGUACCUUGACGCUCAUGAAGAAGAAGCGAAUGGCACGGAAGAUGUCUCGUACGUUCCCAAAGCGCUCGUGAUUGCUUUGAAAAGCCAGCCAACGAUCGUCCUGGAUCCGUACGUCUGCGCCAUCGAGCGAGCUCUCGAGACAUUCAAUGGAGACAAAGUGCGACACAAGAAGCUGGGGACGACCAUCUUUUCGAGCAUCCUUACUCUGCUGGACCGAGCGG